AUGGAAGACCUACGCCGGUGGGUGAGGGAGGCCGGGCGGUGGGUGAGGAAGUGCUGCUGUGGUGAGGAAGAGGACGAAGAAGAGAAAGGGAGGACGGAGGAAGAAGAUGAGGAGGAGGUGAAGAUGGAAGAGCUCCGCUUCAGAAAGAGCAGAAGUUCAACGUCCCUCCCGCCUGCUGAGCUGGAUCUGGACCAGUCCAGCUCGUCCCCCUCUGGGUCCCAGCCUCACUGGUUCCACACUCUGCAGUCCCGACGGCUCCGAGUGCACCGAGAACGCAGCAACAGCGACCCACUGAGAGGGAACAGCUGCCAGGACCACUUCACCUGGAAACCAGGUCUUCAGUUUGGAGCAGCUCACUCUUAUGUGAGUCUGGAGAAACUGGGUGAAGGAGCGUACGCCUCAGUCUACAAAGGAAUCAGCAGGAUUAACGGGCAGCUGGUGGCUCUGAAGGUCAUUCGUAUGAAGACGGAGGAGGGCGUCCCAUUCACCGCCAUCAGAGAAGCUUCUCUGCUUAAAGGCCUGAAACACGCCAACAUCGUCGUCCUCCACGACAUCAUCCACACCAGAGAGUCUCUGACCUUCGUCUUUGAAUACGUGCAAACGGACCUGGCCCAGUACAUGAGCCAGCACCCCGGAGGACUGCACUCACACAACGUCCGGAUCUUCAUGUUCCAGCUGCUGCGAGCUCUCUGCUACAUCCACAGCCGGAGGAUCCUCCACAGAGACCUGAAGCCUCAGAACCUGCUCAUCAGCUACCUGGGAGAACUGAAGAUGGCCGACUUUGGUCUGGCUCGGGCCAAGUCCAUCCCCAGUCAGACCUUCUCCUCGGAGGUGGUGACGCUGUGGUAUCGACCCCCCGAUGUCCUGCUGGGAUCGACAGAUUAUUCCACGGCUCUGGACAUCUGGGGAGCUGGGUGUAUCUUCAUAGAGAUGCUGCAGGGGGCGCCGGCGUUCCCAGGAGACACGGAUGUGUUUGAACAACUGCAGAAGAUCUGGAUGGUCCUGGGUGUCCCCUCUGAGGACAGCUGGCCUGGAGUCAGCCAACUGCCCAACUAUAAACCAGAGUGGUUUGUUCACUGCGAGCCGAAGCAGUUCAGGACCGUUUGGAAAAGGUUGAACCAACUUCCCUAUAAGACAGAGGACCUGGUCCAAAGGAUGUUGAAGGGGGUCCCUACAGACCGGAUCUCAGCACAGGACUGUCUGCAGCACCCAUACUUCAGCACACUGCCUCCUCCCAUCAUGCACCUCAGAGACACUGUGUCCAUUUUCAAGGUGCCCGGCGUUCGUCUGGAGACGGAGGUCAGAGACAUCUACAACCCUGGACGGAAGGUCAGAACCUCCCUGCUGUCCACCGCCAAGUACUGGUGAGCAAACCCUCAAACCACCCGCACCAAACUACCAUCAGCCUGACUAGACGACCGGAGGGGUGGACAGACCCUCAAACCACCCACAGCAAACUACCAUCAGCCUGACCAGACGACCAGAGGGGUGGACAGACCCUCAAACCACCCACAGCAAACUACCAUCAGCCUGACCAGACGACCAGAGGGGUGGACAGACCCUUUAACGAACCACCAUCAGCCUGAUAAGACCAGCACAGGGGAAACUGGACAGUGAUGCUGAGGACCUUUUGUAUCAGAUUAUCUCCUAGCAUGAAGCUAAAGCUGGACGCUGAGUGCUGCAAAGCUUCAGCUAAGAUUAGCUGCUAGCAUGAAGCUAAAGCUGGAUGCUGAGUGCUGCAAAGCUUCAGCUAAGAUUAGCUGCUAGCAUGAAGCUAAAGCUGGACGCUGAGUGCUGCAAAGCUUCAGCUAAGAUUAGCUGCUGGCACGAAGCUAAAGCUGGACGCUGAGUGCUGCAAAGCUUCAGCUAAGAUUAGCUGCUAGCAUGAAGCUAAAGCUGGAUGCUGAGUGCUGCUGGCUGUCAGAACUGUGACUUGUCAAAGUAAAACUUUAUCAGCAUCUUCUCUCGUGUAAAUCUGAUUUAAUGCUCGAAUUUGUUGAUUUAAAUAUAAAAUGUUCCUUCAUGACUUUUAGUCUCUGAGGACGUCAGUCUGAACAGUUCUCCCGUUAGCAUUCAUUAGCAUU